CCCUCCGGUCGACGCUAUCAAAUCAUGCUGUUUGGAAAAAUUUCCCGGCAGUUGUGUGGCUUAAAGAAACUCCCAUGGUCAUAUGAGUCCAGAUACUUCUGGGGCUGGUUGAAUGCAGUAUUUAAUAAAGUAGAUUAUGAACGUAUCAGGGAUGUCGGCCCCGACAGGGCAGCCUCUGAGUGGCUGCUGCGCUGUGGGGCUAUGGUGCGCUACCAUGGCCAGGAGAGGUGGCAGAAUAACUACAACAACCUCCCAACAGGCCCUCUGAACAAAUACAAGAUCCAGGCGAUCGAUGCCACAGACUCUUGUAUCAUGGGCAUUGGAUUUGAUCACAUGGAGGGCCUACAGCAUGUUGAAAAAAUAAGGCUAUGCAAGUGUCAUUAUAUCGAGGAUGACUGUUUGGAGAGACUUGGUCAACUUGAAAAUUUACAAAAAAGCAUGUUGGAAAUGGAAAUAAUUUCAUGUGGGAAUGUCACAGACAGAGGCAUCAUUGCUUUGCAUCAUUUAAGAAAACUCAAGUAUUUGUUAUUAAGUGAUCUUCCUGGAAUAAGAGAUAAAGAGAACCUUGUCCAAGCCUUUAAGACAGCAUUACCUUCUCUGGAACUAAAAUUAGACUUGAAGUAAAAUAAUAAUCAAUAAGU